AUGGCUGCUAAAUCCGACGGGGUGCUGAAAAUGAAGAAAAGCGACGUGGCGUUCACGCCUCUGCAGAACUCGGACCACUCCGGCUCCGUGCAGGGGCUCGCGCCGGGCUCGCAGCCGGACUCGGGCGCCGGGGAGGCGGACUUCAACGUGAACGGAGGCUCGCGCUGCUGCGGCGGCGGCGGCUCCAACUCGACGUGCCUGCGCCUGGGCAGGGAGCGGCAGCGCUACACGGUCUGGGACUGCUUGUGGAUUCUAGCCGCAGUGACCGUGUAUUUCGCCGACGUGGGCACGGACGUGUGGCUGUCCGUCGACUACUACCUGCGCCGAGACUACUGGUGGUUCGGCCUGACGCUUUUUUUCGUGGUGCUCGGCUCUUUUUCCGUGCAGGUCUUCAGCUUCAGAUGGUUCGUGCACGACUUCGGCACCGCGGACGGCUCCUCCUCGUCCUCGGGCUGUUCGCACAUGGACGGCAAGCUCCUGAGCUGCUCGGCUUCGCACGGCGACGUCGGAGCAGCCCACCCGUCCACGCCUCAAAGGCAAGCCAGCACGGCCAGCAAAAGCAACACCAACACCACCGCCACCAACAGCAGCAGCAACAGCAGCAGCAGCACCACCAACGCAGCGCGGACUAACCAGAAACGCUCGGCGUCCUGCUCCUUCUGCAUCUGGCUGAUGCAGUCCGUCAUCCACAUCUUGCAGCUCGGACAAAUCUGGAGGUACUUCCACACCAUCUACCUGGGCAUCCGAAGCAGGCGGAGCGGAGAGAAUGACCGCUGGAGGUUCUACUGGAGGAUGGUGUAUGAGUAUGCUGAUGUUAGCAUGCUCCAUCUGCUCGCCACAUUCCUGGAGAGCGCCCCCCAGCUGGUCCUCCAGCUCUGCAUCAUCAUACAGACGCACAAGCUCCAGGCCGUCCAAGGAAUGACGGCGGCCGCCUCUUUGGUCUCCCUGGCCUGGGCGCUGGCCUCCUACCAGAAGGCCCUUCGUGACUCACGAGAUGACAAGAAGCCUCUCAGCUACCUGGCAGUCAUCAUCCAGUUCUGCUGGCACUUCUUCACCAUUGCAGCACGGGUGGUGACCUUCGCCCUUUUCGCCUCUGUGUUCCAGCUCUACUUCGGCAUCUUCAUUGUGCUGCACUGGUGCGUCAUGACCUUCUGGAUCGUGCACUGCGAGACCGAGUUCUGCAUAACAAAGUGGGAGGAGAUUGUCUUUGACAUGGUGGUGGGCAUCAUCUACAUCUUCAGCUGGUUCAACGUCAAGGAGGGCCGCACACGCUGCCGUCUUUUCGUCUAUUACUUGGUCAUCCUGCUGGAGAACGCAGCACUUAGCACCCUUUGGUACCUGUACCGGAUUCCGGCAAGCACAGACGCCUUCGCUGUUCCUGCGCUUUGCGUCAUCUUCUCCAGCUUCUUGACGGGGGUGGUAUUCAUGCUCAUGUACUACGCCUUCUUCCACCCCAACGGGCCGCGAUUUGGACGCUCGUCCAGCCUCACCCAGCUUGACGAAGCCUCGGCCGCUUUUGCCAUGCCUGCGGAAGGUGCCACCAACUCCUUGCGAUCCAACCGGGGCGGCACGCUUGCGCGGGAUGCUGAUCGAGAGGCCAAAUACGGCACGGAACGAGAUGGAUGCGUGCCGGUCUUCCAGGUACGUCCAACUGCCCCGUCCACACCUUCGUCCAGGGCACCACGCCUGGAAGAGACCGUGAUCAGGAUAGACCUUUGCCGGAACCGUUAUCCGGCCUGGGAGAGGCACGUUCUGGACCGCAGCAUACGCAAGGCCAUCCUGGCCAUCGAUUCCUCACCCACGCCCCCUAGGCUGCAGUACAAGGACGACACUUUGGUCCAGGAGCGUCUGGAGUACGAGACCACUUUGUAGCUCAAGCUGUGGAGGCACACAUGGUAAACCCGCAUAGAUUAGCAUCCAUAACAGCAGGACUGUGGCAAUAACAUUACUAGCGGAGCGUACUGUAGAGACUACAUAGCAUUCUGCCCAUGAUGUUGAUUGUCAUGGAUUGCGAAACAAAAAAGACAAGAAAA